AUGGGGAAGACAAAAUUACCUCCUGGAUUUCGGUUUCAUCCUACUGAUGUUGAACUUAUCAAGUUCUAUUUGAAGAGGAAAGUAAUGGGAAGGAAAUUCAAUUUUGAUGCUGUCGCUGAGGUUGACAUAUACAAGUAUGCUCCUUGGGAUCUUCCAGCGAGAUCUAGUUUGAGAAACGGGGACUUGAAAUGGUAUUUCUUCUGCCCACGAGAGAAGAAAUAUGCGAGUGGGGCUAGACAGAAUCGUGCUACUGAGUUUGGGUAUUGGAAGACCACAGGAAAGGAUAGAGCUGUUCGUUACAAAAACGAAACUGUGGGGAUGAUAAAGACUCUGGUUUUCCACAGAGGUAAAGCUCCGCGAGGUGACCGGACAGAUUGGGUUAUGCAUGAGUACAGAAUUGAAGAGAAAGAUCUGGCUGACAGAGGUGUUGCGCAGGAUGCAUAUGUGCUGUGUAUAGUUUUCCAGAAGGAUGGUCCUGGCCCAAGAAAUUGUGCUCAAUAUGGAGCACCAUUUAAGGAGGAAGACUGGGAUGAUGAGGAGGAUGUCGAUUUUAUGGAUGUUGUGUCCUCUGGUGACCACUCUGUUCCAAUGCCUAAUCAGAUCAGGCCACUAGCCACUAGCAUAUCGUGUCUUUCAGAUGCUAACCCUUCUGUUGAAAAUGUGCCUGCACAAAUUCAUGAAAAUAAUGGUGUCUCUGUCAAGGUUACUCCUGUUUCACAAGAGAAUAAUGCGGUUUCAAAGACAAGUAGCCGUUCAGUUUCGAAUGAAAACAGUCAAACUGAGACUCUCGGUAACGAGCACACUGCAGACAUCGAAGCUGCACCCCGUUCAGCUGGCAUCGAUAUCUACAACAACUUGGGAGACCUGGGCAACUGCGGUAAACUCAUUGAAGGCGCAUGCGAUUUCUCCUUAAGUAACAGUGAAGACAAUCACCUGAAUCAGAGCUUCCCGUGUGACAAUGGUGCUGUCUUUGUGGAGUUGCGAGAUCUCGACUACCCAUUGAAUGGCCUUGCUGAUCCGGGGGAACCUGAAUUCAUCAACAUUGAUGAAUCAUGCUUCACAGUAGAUCCUUCCCUGCUGCCUAAGAACUACACACCUCAUGACCUGCUGGCUGCAUUUCUGAUGAGCUAAUAAAGAGAUGAAUCUCUCACUAUCUAUUCUCUUCAGCCUUGUUUUCUGCUUCAUAUUUAGUUGAGAU